AUGGCUCCCAUUCUCUUGGAAACUCGUUCGACCUUUCUUAACAACAGCAAUAAUAACAACAACAAUCUCUGGCAAGGAUUAUGGUCGGAUAUCAUUAAUGCCAUUCGUCCUACCACUACUUCUCCUUCAUCACGCACUCGACGAAGCACAACCACAACCAACAAGGUAGAACCGCUGGAUUCGGUCACCUUUUCUCAACCUACAACAACACAACAACAGCAAUCGUUUAUGGAUUCAAAGUUCCAAUUGGAAUACGUUUCGUUUCCAAGGCUAGCUGAAGAAGAAAAAGAUCAUAGUGGUGAUGAUGAUGGCGAAGAGGAUGAUCAAGCUGAAAAAAUGCCAACGACGACAACGACCUUGAAUGAAGCAAAGAUACAACCUCGAAAAUCAUGCAGUAGCGUGGGCGGGUCCCGAAGACGUCUACUUGGAAGCCCAUGGAUGUUUUAA